UGAGAUAUUCCCAUACUCUAGCGAAAAGAGUGAAACAUGGUCAUGGGAUUGCAUAUCUUAUCAGUGCUGCGCCUGUGUCUGUGCGUCAUUUGAUUCUGGUGUGGUGACUGUGCGUUCUCCGCCCGUCCAGUGAAUACAGGAACAGCACGCUCGUCAAGGGAAUACAGCAACAUCCAGUUCUUGUAUAUUACAUUAAGCCUAUUUUUGGUAUCGCCGAUCUUGUGAUCUUCUUUUUCACAUAAGAUGAGUUCAGUGUCUGUGUCUGCUUGCCCCGAGAAGCUGGAAAGAUCUUCUUCUCCAAAAUUUUUAGUGGAACCCUCGACAUCGUCGUGUUUCUCCUGGUUCGUUGAAUCGGCGAAGCGGUCUCUACUCUGCGGUGCCGCCUCCUCUUCCGGUUCAGGCACCACGAUGAAAAGUUCGAGUUACGCUACGGUGACCACAAACACCUCAUGCUGCAGCUCGAGCGGGUCAGCCGUUUCUCGAAAGAGAGAAAUCGAUGCGGCAAUUUAUUACGAUGGCAAGACGUGCAGGGACAGGGGUGCUGCAACAAGUAUAUCCGAUAAGACCCACCUCUUCACUCUCCGUCAGCAAUUCUUUGCCAAAAAGCUCUCCGUUAGCUAUGCGAACACCAACCCGCUCUGGAUUAUUAGGGGAGAGAAGCAGUACCUGUUCGAUGAAAAAGGGACGAAGUACCUCGACACGAGGAACAAUGUCGCGCACGUCGGACACAGCCACCCGCGGGUUGUGAACGCCGUUUGCGAGCAGAUGAAAGUGUUGAACACGAACACGAGGUAUCUGCAUGAGAACAUGUGUCGGUUGGCGGAGAAAUUGCUUGCGUACAGCAAUGCAAACCAAGAGCAGACGUCAAACGCAAAUCCUCCUUUCGACAAAGUUUUCUUCGUGAAUUCCGGCUCCGAAGCGAACGACCUGGCCUUGCGGUUGGUGGAAGCGUAUCAUGCGAGAAUGAGAGCUGCAGUGAAGAACUGUGAAGACCAGAAGUCACCAGUGCAACUCACUUUGACCAGCGGAAGCUCAGCCGCGGCCAUGAAAACCGAUUACAUCACGGUUGAAAACGGUUACCACGGACAUACGAAGUCUGUGGUCGACGUUUCGCCGUACAAAUUUCUAGAGCAAAAAUCCAACAUCCACGUCCUCGCCCAGCCGAGCGAUCUAGCGAAAACGCAGAAGAGUUUGCAGCAGCUGCGGUCGAUUCUAUUCGGCGUGAAAGGCAUGAAAAUUGCGGCGAUGUUCAUCGAGAGCGGUAUGUCGGUGGGCGGUGUGAUUCUCCCCCCAGAUUCGUACCUCCGCGAGGUGCAACGGAUGCUCAAAGAGAAGAGCGCGCUUCUGGUCAUGGACGAGGUGCAAGUUGGGCUAGGCAGGUAUGGAGACGCGUUCUGGGCGUGGCAAAGCAGUGCUUGCGAAGCAGCUACUGGCACUGAGACGAUGUCCGAACGACAACCCAACGAGAACUGUGCGACAACGAUGACGAAUUUUCCCCCGGCGACGUCCGCAAUACCAAUACCACAAUUCUGUCCCGACAUUAUCACCUGCGGCAAGCCGAUGGGGAAUGGUAUGCCUUUGGCUUGCGUCAUCACAAGGCAGGAAAUCGCGGACUCGUUCGAAAAGGAGUACUUCAACACGUUUGGUGGGAACCCAGUGUGCUGUGCUGCGGGGUUGGCGGUACUGGAGACUCUGGAAGAGGAAAACUUGAUGGAAAACGCAAGAAUUGUCGGCGCGUAUUUGCGCAAAAUCGCAUUAGAGCGGUUGACGGAAGCUGGUCUUCAAGCCACGAGCGGAAUGAUCGACGAGAGUGACGACCCGAACAGGCAACUAAGCAGGCCACAAAUCUUUCUCUCCGAAGUCCGGGGCAAGGGUUUGUUCGUCGGCCUGGAAUUUGUGCUGCAGCGACCACUAGGAACAGCAGCACGAAAAAAUAUUCAAGCUAGCAGGAAAGUAACAACCGUAACCGAACCUGCGACCGCGGCCACAAGUGCGCUGUGUGCCGCGUUGGUUCGGGAUUGGCAAAUUCUUACGAGCAUCGACGGUCCGGAUGAUAAUGUGCUGGUGGUAAAGCCGCCAAUGUGUUUUUCGCGGGAGAACUGCGACUACCUUGUAACCGCAAUCGCCUCCGUGUUACAAGAGAUGAAUGAAGAGCUCGAAGAUGGCCGUGGGGAAAAUUCGAGUUUGCUCAACGUGGGUCUUGGUUCUGUCGUAGGAAACAGACCUACGUGAAGAUGUCAGAGAAAGACAAAGAAGACUAGAGAAAGACAAUAUGAAGCUCGCCGGCAUUUAACGAAUGGAAGUUUUCACUGUUUUUGCUUGGAGGCAUUUUUCUGUGUCAU